AUGCCCACCCCCGCUAACGCCACAUCUGCGGACCCACCGGCAGACCCUUCUCUGCCAAUGUUCCCGGCCUUAGAUAACACGUUCGGCGCGGUCCUCCUCGGCACUUUCAUCGGUCUAAUAAUAUACGGUUUAACGUUACAUCAGUCAUAUCGAUAUGUCCGCUUGUACCCGAAUGACUCCCGUGCACUGAAGCGUUUGGUGGCGUUGGUUGUGUUCUUAGAAACUGUCACAUCGGUCCUCAGCAUGCACGUCUGCUACUACUACCUGACAACGCACUAUUUUGAUCCGGAAGCCUUGCUAGCCGGUGUCUGGUCUCUGAAUGUGCGCUCUCUAUUUCCUGAUGACGUCGUUGACCUCAAAGCCUCGCUUCAAGUUGUUUCCCUUCGCAUCAGGUGUCAUUAUGGUAACAGUCCAAAGUGGCUCGUCUCCACGGGAUCCACCAUGGCCGUCACGGCGGAUAUGUUACUCACUGCUGCCCUCAUUGUCUUCUUGCACCGCAGUCGCACGGGCCUCAAACGAACCGACACCAUGAUUGACACCUUGAUCAUAUACUCUGUGAACACCGGGUUGCUCACAGGAAUCCUCAACCUUCUCUCACUGCUGUUUGCUUUCUUUCGCCCCGGAGACCUCAUCUACAUCGGGUUUGGGAUCGCUGGUGUGAGGACAUACGCUACGACAUUGCUUGCUGCUCUCAACUCGCGACAGUCACUCGCUGCUCACGGCGCGGGUAUGUCGGACGACACGAAUCCCUUUGGGUUCGGCAACACGGCGGUGCUGCAAGUAAGCUGCCCACGCGGAGGCUCCCAGGUCCAUGCUCCUCAGCAGCGUCGCCCAUCGCGAAUAGAAGAGAUAUCGGCGAUCGAACUCAAGGUGCCCUCGCACUUCGGCGACUCAGUCAGACUCAGCGCGGAGACCGCGAACAAAAUAGACUUUCCGCAUUCGGGGACAAGUUCUCAGUACUAUGGUUGUGCUGCAGGUGAGAGCGUUUAG